AGUGAGGGGAGGGGCAAAUACUGAGCGCCGGCAGUCGGAGCCCGCGGGGGUCACUGACGACGCAUGCGCCAGCAGGGAGCGCAAUCACAGACUGGGCUUGCGGCUACCGGCUUAAAAAGGAAACCCCCGAGAGCGAGAGCGCGAAGGAAAUCUGGCCGCCAACGCGUGCGCGCUCCCGUGAAAGAAAAGCACAAGAAGAAAGUUUUACAGUCAUUAUUGAUAUGACUAUUAUGCUGAUCCCCCAAAUCAAAAAAAAGCCGCUGAAACUUAGAAGCUGAUUCUGUCACAGUGUAAGAUGUGUUUGGAACAUUCUGCAUUCUUCUUAGAUGAAUUUUUAGAACCUGAAUUUUGAGAGUGAUGGUCAGCCAUAUAGAAGAAUAUAUUGAACCUAUAGUUUUCUGAAGAAUCAGUUCAAAGAUCCAAAACAUACAAAAGGAGAAGUACAAAUGUCUACCACAAGACGAAAACGUAAUAUGUUAUGUUGUUUACCGUAAGCUGUAGUAAAAUGAGCUCAAUUGUUGACAGAGAAGAUGGUAGUAUUUUUGAUGGGUUGGUGGAAGAAGAUGACAAGGACAAAGCAAAAAGAGUAUCUAGAAACAAAUCUGAAAAGAAACGUAGAGAUCAAUUUAAUGUUCUCAUUAAAGAACUGGGAUCCAUGCUUCCUGGUAAUGCUAGGAAGAUGGACAAAUCUACUGUUCUGCAGAAGAGCAUUGAUUUUUUACGAAAACAUAAAGAAAUCACUGCACAGUCAGAUGCCAGUGAAAUUCGACAGGACUGGAAACCUACAUUCCUUAGUAAUGAAGAAUUUACACAAUUAAUGUUAGAGGCUCUUGAUGGUUUUUUUUUAGCAAUCAUGACAGAUGGAAGCAUAAUAUAUGUGUCUGAGAGUAUAACUUCAUUACUUGAACAUUUACCAUCUGAUCUUGUGGAUCAAAGUAUAUUUAAUUUUAUCCCAGAGGGGGAACAUUCAGAGGUUUAUAAAAUACUCUCUACUCAUCUGCUGGAAAGUGAUUCGUUAACCCCUGAAUAUUUAAAAUCAAAAAAUCAGUUAGAAUUCUGUUGCCAUAUGCUUCGAGGAACAAUAGACCCGAAGGAGCCGUCUACCUAUGAAUAUGUGAAAUUUAUAGGAAAUUUCAAAUCUUUAAAUAGUGUAUCCACUUCAGCACACAAUGGUUUUGAAGGGACUAUACAACGCACACACAGGCCUUCUUAUGAUGAUAGAGUUUGUUUUGUAGCUACUGUGAGAUUAGCUACACCUCAGUUCAUCAAGGAAAUGUGCACUGUUGAGGAACCUAAUGAAGAGUUUACAUCCAGGCAUAGUUUAGAAUGGAAGUUCCUAUUUCUAGAUCACAGGGCACCACCUAUAAUAGGAUAUUUGCCAUUUGAAGUUCUGGGAACAUCAGGCUAUGAUUACUAUCAUGUGGAUGACCUAGAAAAUUUGGCAAAGUGUCAUGAGCAUUUAAUGCAGUAUGGGAAAGGCAAAUCAUGUUAUUAUAGGUUCCUUACCAAGGGACAACAGUGGAUUUGGCUUCAGACUCAUUAUUACAUCACUUAUCAUCAGUGGAAUUCAAGGCCAGAGUUUAUUGUUUGUACUCACACCGUAGUAAGUUAUGCAGAAGUUAGGGCUGAAAGACGACGAGAACUUGGCAUUGAAGAGUCUCUACCUGAGACAGCUGCUGACAAAAGCCAAGAUUCUGGGUCUGAUAAUCGUAUAAACACAGUCAGUCUCAAGGAAGCUUUGGAAAGGUUUGAUCACAGCCCAACCCCUUCUGCUUCCUCCCGGAGUUCAAGAAAAUCAUCUCACACAGCCGUCUCAGACCCUUCCUCAACACCAACAAAGAUCCCAACGGACACAAGCACUCCUCCCAGACCACAUUUACCAGCUCAUGAAAAGAUGGCAUCGAGGAGGGCAUCAUUCAGUAGUCAGUCCAUAAAUUCCCAAUCUGUUGGUCAGUCGUUAACACAGCCAGCGAUGUCUCAAGCUGCAAAUUUACCAAUUCCACAAGGCAUGUCCCAGUUUCAGUUUUCAGCUCAAUUAGGAGCCAUGCAGCAUCUAAAAGACCAAUUAGAGCAACGGACACGGAUGAUAGAGGCAAAUAUUCAUCGACAACAAGAAGAACUAAGAAAAAUUCAAGAACAACUUCAAAUGGUCCAUGGUCAAGGGCUGCAGAUGUUUUUACAACAGUCAACCCCUGGUUUGAGUUUUGGUUCUGUUCAACUUUCUUCUGGAAAUUCAUCUAACAUCCAGCAACUCACACCUAUAAAUAUGCAGGGCCAGGUCGUUCAAACUAACCAGAUUCAAAGUGGAAUGAAUACUGGACACAUUGGCACAAGUCAGCAUAUGAUACCGCAGCAGACUUUACAGAGUACAUCAAGUCAGCAGAGUCAACAGAAUGUGUUGAGUGGGCACAGUCAACAAACAUCUCUUCCCAGUCAGACACAGAGCACUCUUACAGCCCCACUGUACAACACUAUGGUGAUCUCACAGCCGGCAGCCGGAAGCAUGGUCCAGAUCCCAUCUAGCAUGCCACAGAGCAGUACCCCGAGUGCUGCAGUAACUACAUUCACUCAGGACAGACAGAUCAGAUUUUCUCAAGGUCAGCAACUUGUGACCAAAUUAGUAACUGCUCCCGUAGCUUGUGGGGCGGUCAUGGUACCUAGCACAAUGCUCAUGGGUCAGGUGGUGACCGCCUACCCUACCUUUGCUCCACAACAGCAGCCCCCGCAGACACUGUCAGUCACGCAGCCGCAGCCGAGCUCCCAGGAGCAGCAGCUCGCUUCGGUUCAGCAACCGUCUCAGGCUCCGCCCCCGCAGCAGUACUUACAGACUUCAAGGCUGCUCCACGGGAGUCCUUCCGCUCAGCUCAUCCUCUCUGCCGCGUUUCCACUACAGCAGAGCGGUUUCCCUCCGUCGCAUCACCAGCAGCACCAGUCUCCGCAGCAGCAGCAACUGCACCGGCACAGGACUGACGGGCUGAGCGACCCUUCCAAGGUUCAGCCGCAGUAGCGCACGCGCCUCCUCCCUGACCUCGGGGGAGGAAGGGGUUGUCCAGAGCAGCUGCUCAGAUGAUCUGAGGCUACAAGGAAAAGUUCCAGCAGUUUCACAGGAUGCAGUGUUGAGUGUUGUAGUUUCUGGGAUUGGUUAGCAGGGAAAAUGCUGCCUAGAGCUCCAGAUGUCCAUGCAGUACCAGCCAGCAGGAGAGGAUCACGGGGCCAUAGCCAGUUCUGACCGUGUUUUCCUCGCCCAGCUAUUUUCUCGAUGGAAAGAGUGUAUUGCCAAAUGUUAAGAAGCUCAGCUAUGAAACAUGACCUCCAGUCAGAAAGGCACUAACAAUGUUAGUAACUUUUAGUGGUUCUGUGCCUGUUUCUGUGUUACAGAGGACACACCACUGUCACGUCAGGGGUUGCUUACAAUGAUGCCAUGAAGACAGUCCAGUAGAUGCAGUAGGCCCCCUUCCCCAUUCCCUCUCCCGUUUUCAGAUAAUGAUUGGAUAGUCAUUAAUUUCAGAAUGUUGUGUGGUUCAAAUUCUCUAUGUAUAGAUGCUGUAAAAAAUUAUGUAUAUGUCUGGAUAAAAGGAGAAGAAAGCAAAACAUUUUGUAAGCUGCAUGAAAGCAUUAUCUCCUCGUAGGUCUAUUUCCUUAGAUUGACACCAUGUACAAACCAGUACUUUCUCUGUUUCCCCUUUUGUUUACAACACAGUAGUGUUCUACUCACUUUCCGGGGCACAAGGCUUUUUGUUCAUACUUUGGCUGUGAUGUCACAGUUUGUUCCGUGAGGUAUGAUGUGCUGCUGGGAAUGGAUAUUUUUUUCCAGGUUAAAUUAUUGAAGCAACAGGAUUUCCAGAAAUAUCCCUCAUUUCAUUAUUUUUCAUGUAGGUUUGAAAAUAGGAUUUGCACUGCUUUAUUUUAGAUGGUUGGAAGUUUUGGUCACAUAUUUUGAUACAGUUCAUAGUUGGGAAUAGUUGUGUAAACGGCUUUCAAUAAGCCUGAAAGUCAUUUCAAGAAUGUUCCAGUUAUAGGAGUAAAAUUUGCACACAAAAGAUUUUAGGCACUUUUUAACAUUCUCACUGGUGGGAAUUUUAACUUUUAGGAUUUGUUGGAAUCUUUUUAUUAUAUCCUUCACAAUUUCAAUGCUUCUUUUAGUCAGAAAUGAUUCAGGGUUAUUUGAGAGAAAAAA